AUGUGGCAGUCCCUGCGGGAGUGCCCGACGCAGCUGCAGAACACCAGCGAGAAGCAGAAGGCUCUGCGCAUGGUCUUGAUGUGCGCGGCCGUCUUCUUCAUCUGCUUCACCCCCUACCACAUCAGCUUCCCUUUCUUCAUGAUGGUGAUAGAGAACAUCAUCCAGGACUGCGCCGUUCACAGGAUCAUGCUCCGCUUCCACCCCAUCUCCCUCUGCCUGGCGAGCCUCAACUGCUGCCUGGAUCCCGUCCUCUACUACUUCAUGACCUCUGAGUUCCAGGACCAGCUGCUGCACCACAGCUGUGCUGCCCUGCGGGCUCGGUUCCUGCGCCGCGGGAGCAGCCUCUCUGUCACCGAAACCAGCAACGACAUUCGUAUGAAGAGGAGAAAUCUUCCACGCUUUAAGAUUUGGUCCCUUUCUAAGUUCUUUGGCCGAAUAAACAGCAUGGAGAUCCCCCCCAUGCCGCCUGACGAGCUUCUGCUGGAGUCCAUCUCUUGA